AUGCCUAGUAGACUACGACCUCGUGAAACCCUCAAGAGGAAGUUCCAACCACUGAAAAGAGGGUCAGGGAAGAAGAGAGUCAAACGGACAAGCUCAGUAGCACAGAAGUUAUGCUUUCCAUUUCGACUGUAUCCAGACAAAGUGGAAGGCCAUUACCGAUACUUGGCUGAUGUGACAGAGGAUUGCUCUAAAUCUGAUGUACCUGCUAUUAAACCGGCCCCGACUCCAAUCCCCACUCCAGACACACACCUACGCAUGCCCGCUGUUCGCAUCACUGAGGAAAUCACAACACCAACACAAUACAUAUUGUACCGGGCACCAUCCUGGUGA